AUGGCGGAAGGCGCCCAGCCGCAGCAGCCGUCGUCUCAGCUCGGGCCCGGCGCCGCUGCCCGGGGCAUGAAGCGGGAGUCGGAGCUGGAGCUGCCGGUGUCCGGAGCGGGAGGAGACGGAGGCGAACCCGGCCUGAGCAAGCGGCCGCGCACCGAGGAGGCGGCGGCGGCCGACGGCGGCGGCGGCGGGAUGCAGAACGAGCCUCUGACCCCGGGUUAUCAUGGAUUCCCAGCGCGGGACAGCCAGGGUAACCAGGAGCCAACAACAACUCCUGACGCAAUGGUUCAGCCUUUUACUACCAUCCCGUUUCCACCACCUCCACAGAAUGGAAUUCCCACAGAAUACGGAGUGCCACACACUCAGGACUAUGCCGGCCAGACCAGUGAGCAUAACCUGACGCUCUAUGGCAGCACGCAAGCCCACGGGGAGCAGAGCAGCAACUCGCCCAGUACCCAGAACGGCUCUCUCACGCAGACAGAAGGCGGAGCACAGACCGAAGGCCAGCAGUCCCAGACACAGAGUAGUGAAAAUUCAGAGAGUAAAUCUACCCCCAAAAGACUGCAUGUCUCCAAUAUUCCUUUCCGCUUCCGGGACCCUGACCUCCGGCAGAUGUUUGGGCAGUUUGGCAAAAUCCUAGAUGUAGAAAUAAUCUUUAAUGAACGUGGCUCUAAGGGAUUCGGGUUCGUAACUUUCGAGAAUAGUGCUGACGCAGACAGGGCCAGGGAGAAAUUACACGGCACCGUGGUAGAGGGCCGUAAAAUUGAGGUGAAUAAUGCCACAGCACGUGUAAUGACCAAUAAGAAGAUGGUCACACCAUAUGCAAAUGGUUGGAAACUAAGCCCGGUAGUUGGAGCUGUCUACGGCCCUGAGUUAUAUGCAGCAUCCAGCUUCCAAGCAGAUGUUUCCCUAGGCAACGAAGCGGCAGUGCCCCUUUCAGGACGAGGGGGCAUCAACACCUACAUUCCUCUAAUCAUUCCUGGCUUUCCUUACCCAACUGCAGCCACCACGGCAGCCGCUUUCAGAGGAGCUCACCUGAGGGGCCGAGGGCGGACAGUGUAUGGUGCAGUCCGAGCGGUACCCCCAACAGCCAUCCCCGCCUACCCAGGUGUGGUUUACCAGGACGGAUUUUACGGUGCUGACCUCUAUUCAGCUGAAGAAAUGUUAACAUCUCACUCUAAAUCUCUCAGUGGAGUCUCUGUUCCCUUCUCUGAUAUAACAGAUGGGGUGGAUAUGCAGCCUACAGAUACGCACAGCCUGCUACUGCAACCGCAGCCACAGCCGCUGCAGCCGCCGCCGCUGCUUACAGCGAUGGUUACGGCAGGGUGUACACAGCCGACCCCUACCAUGCCCUCGCCCCUGCCGCUAGCUAUGGAGUUGGCGCUGUGGCGAGUUUAUACCGAGGUGGCUACAGCCGAUUUGCCCCCUACUGAAGUGACGUGAGAGACCCCUGCGAGUGGGACAGCCCCCAGUUCAUGAGGCCUGGCUAUUGCAAUAUUUACUAGUAGAGGAACUCUAUAGCAAGAUGAAGAGGAAAAACAAACAACAACAACAACAAAAAAAGAGAGAAUACUUUUUUAUACCUCACUAUGUUCUUUGAAUAUGUAUUUUUUUUCUUUAAAUUUCUGCUUUUAAUUCUUUUGUUCCAAAGAUUGUGCAUUUUUUCUUUCUUUUUUUUUAAACUGUGGUAAAAAAAAAUAAUAAUAAUGCAUUUCCAUGUCUGUAUGUCCGUGCUUAGCUUAUUCUGUCAAUCAUGGAAGAGGAAGUGAAUGAGGAAGGAGAGACAGAUGUUAGGAGCUGAGGAAUGCAUCUGAUUGGAAACCAGAUGGACCAGAGCGGUGCUGGUGCUGGGCAGCCAGGGCACCAUCUCUGCACAGCAGC